CGACUCAAGCGUAACCUCCCUUUUGACAUGAUGCCUGUUUGUUUUGACUGAUGCCCUAAAUCCAAAAUCGAAACUUUCAGGAGUCGACAACAGGCAGGAUGGUCGACAAGAAAUUCUACAACACAGUACUUUCUCAAGUAUUCUCGCCCUGCGGUAACUGGUUGAUUUGCGGCUGCAUCUACGGCGACAUAGCGAUAUUCGACUUGAAGAGCAUCCUGAAGGACAACGAAAAUGCCGAUAAAGUGCCGAAACACAUCUACACGGUGCCAAACAAGGAGCAGGUCUGCAGCCUGUCUUCAUCCGACAAGUUCCUCAUCGUUGGAACGGUCGGUGCUAUCUUCGGCCUCGACUGGGACACCAUCAAAAGCCUCAGUCCUCAGGUCUCAUGGACAAUCACGUUGCCAACAUCAAAUGACAAGCUACUGAAAACCGAUGUGAACUCGAUGUUUGUGAAAGAAAAUGCCGAGCUCUACGCUGGCUGCGGCGACUGCACCAUAUACGCUUUCAGUCUCGAGGACGGGAAAAUGAUCAGGAAUUACAAGGGUCACACAGAUUAUAUCCACAGUAUCACUACCAAUGAGCAAAUAAUGGCUUCGGCGAGCGAAGAUGGCUCAGUGAGGCUGUGGGACUUCCGACAGCCUGGAAUGACCAACAUGCUCGAGCCUAGUAAGGACCCGAAGCUUUCGAGACCCCAUCUCGGCAAGUGGAUCGGCGAUGUCGAUCUAACUCAAGACUGGAUGGUCUGUGGCGGAGGACCUGGGUUGGGUCUCUGGCACCUUCGAACUCUAGAAAUGAUGUCAAUAUUUAACAGCACUUCUGACAAUAUAUUUCACAUUACAAAACUUCAAGGAGGUUCAGUUUUGGCUGGAGGCUCGGGCAAUCACUUCUACCAGCUCUCCUACACUGGACAGGUUCUUUCUAAGCUUCAAACUUCCUCUUCAACUAUCUACUCUGCCCUUUACACCACCACACCAAAUGAGGUUCUAACAUUGGCCGGAGCAAGCAGCAGUAUUGAUAUUUGUACUAAUUUUACUUAUAGCCAUCAAGUUGUUUCUUUUUAUUCUUAAUAUAUAUUGUGUGUUUGUUUUUGAUAUAAUUUACUUUAUUGGUUUAUUUCUUCCUUUAAAAUAUUCAAGAGAUCCUAUUUAUUACAAUACAUUAUUUCAUCAAUACACUGGAAAAAGUGGAGGUUGUUAACUUUUAGCGAUAUAUUUUAUUGGGAUGAGUCAAUAAAAAUUACGUUUUUCAAU